CGCGACGGUGCGUGACACCCGCCUAUCAGCCACCGCUCUCCGCCAUCCUGUACAACCUCAAGACCCCACGGGACCUUUCCCGGUCCGCUCCGCUCCGCCCCAGUUGAGCCACAAGAUCAGUCGUGUCAGCAAGUCGAAACAGCGCAGGCCCUUUGCAUUUAUAUCCCCCUUACGGGUUCGUCCCCGUACUACGGAGCCGUGCAGCGCAGCGCAUAAUCGCCAUCUUCACCGCCGACGCUGCUGAAAGUAGCAUCGUCGAUAGCACCGACUCAUCUUUUCCUUCGAAUACAGGGACCCUACACACAAGAUGGGUUGUGGACCGUCGAAAGAAGACCGCGAAGGCCAAUUGCGUAAUGAGGCGAUCGAGGCGCAACUCAAGAAGGAUCGGCUGGUGCAGAGGAAUGAGAUUAAGAUGCUCCUCUUGGGAGCUGGUGAAUCAGGCAAGUCGACAAUUCUCAAGCAGAUGAGGCUCAUAAACCAUGGCUCAUACUCUGUUGAGGAGCGUGAGUCGUACAAGGAGAUCAUCUUCAGCAACACACUACAGUCCAUGCGCGUCCUUCUCGAUGCCAUGGAGAACCUCGACAUACCGCUCGCAGACGGCGCCAAUGCCAAGCGCGCCGAGAUCAUCCUUAGCUUGCCAACACAGAUGGAGACCGAGACCUUGCCGCCGGUGGUAGCAGAUGCCAUUGGUGGGUUGUGGCUCGACCCCGGUGUGCAGGCGUGCUUCCGACGAAGUAGGGAGUACCAGCUGAACGACUCUGCACCGUACUACUUUGACUCGAUCGCGCGCAUCUCCGACCCGCGCUACACACCGACGGACCAGGACGUGCUGCGCUCGCGCGUCAAGACAACCGGCAUCACCGAGACGCACUUCCAGAUCGGCGAGCUGCACUACCGACUUUUCGACGUCGGCGGCCAGCGGUCCGAGCGAAAAAAGUGGAUCCACUGCUUUGAGAACGUCACCGCUAUCAUAUUCCUUGUCGCCAUCAGCGAGUAUGACCAGCUGUUAUACGAGGAUCAGAACGUCAACCGCAUGCAGGAGGCGCUCACGCUCUUCGACAGCAUCUGCAACUCGCGCUGGUUCGUCCAGACAAACAUCAUCCUCUUCCUAAACAAGAUCGACCUGUUCCGGGAAAAGCUGCCCAUCUCACCAAUGAGCAACUACUUUAGCGACUACACCGGCGGCGGCGACUAUAAUGCCGCGUGCGAGUAUAUCGUCAACCGCUUCGUCUCACUAAACCAGAGCGAGACAAAAACAGUCUACACACACUUUACGUGCGCCACGGACACUAAUCAGAUCCGGUUCGUCCUCUCCGCCGUCAACGACAUCAUCAUACAGGUCAACCUGCGCAGCUGCGGUCUGCUCUGAGCGAGUCGUGAGCCGCACCUCGGUGUGACCGCCAGCCGCCGCGUCGCUAUCCACAAAAUCGAACAGUGUACCGUUAGAUGAGCAGCAUCCCUGUUUUUUUGCCUUGGUCGACCGCCUCGCUGGCCUGCACGGCACAGCACUCCAUAGCACUGCGCUGCACAGCAUCUAAGGCCAGCGCUGCACCCCUCGCCCCAACCCGGCCGCGCGGCUUGAAACACAACAACAAAGGAAUCUGGCGUUUGCUCGUCCGUCGGACGGCACAGCCAUUCUUUCUUCUCCUUCGGGUAGCCAGGCCCCCCAUCGCAUCCAUCGUCGUCUCCGUCGUCGUCAUCAGGUUAUCAAUGCUCAGCGUCACCGCCGCCGCCGCCACCCGUAUACUACUUUAUAUUUACCCCCUCAUCAAUUUCAUUGUCGUUGUC